AUGGUUUUGGAAGAGGACGAGGUCAAAAAUGCCGAGAAACCCAUGAGCGAUGCUUUCCGACUUCAAGUCAGUUUAGCAGAAGUUUCCAUAAAGAAACUGGAUCUCAGUGCGAUGACGCGGAGAAGGAACGGAUCGUCCGUGAGAAUCUGCUCGAUAAGUGGAAUAACGUUGCGAAAAAAGUCUCCAAAACGAUCUUUGAUGCCAAAGUCAACGUCAAGUUAGGGGUUCGAAAAAAAAAAGAACGAAGCUCUUUCUAAAUGAGUAUUUACUUAUUUUAUAGUACAAAAACACAAAGUUUUGGACGACGAAAGACGUUGAGUAUCCACUGGAAAAUCACGAUGUCGCAAUUCAAAGAACGACCUCCAGCGUUGAUGAAUUUACAUGGAUCUCUCCCUCAAAUGUAAUUUUGAAGAUUUAUUUCUAUGAAACUUAAAUGAUAUUCGUAGUACCAGAAACAUGAUUAUAUCUUUGUUCUUUUUUUUCAGAAUCCAUAACAUCCAACAUUCCCAGAUUUAAAAAGUUAAGAGUAACCAGAUUUAAACUACAUUCAGAUACUCAAGUUGAAUAUUUUAUUUUUCCUGAUUUCCCGAAAAUAGAAAUGAAAAUAGUUUCGUGUUCGUUGCCAUUAGAGUAAAGCAUCUGAUUUUUAAGUGAUACUUUAGAGAGUUCACUCCGUUUGAGUCGUCCUAAUGAACAGAAAUAAAAACAGAAAAUUUUGUUUCGAAGGUAUCGACAGUCGCCGAAACCGUGUUGUGUUUGGAAGGUGACGUGAGUGUGAGGGUUCACGUCGAGAUUCCGAACCAACUUUUCGGAAGCCGCGACUACCUCAACCUCACCUAUGCCGCCAAAAGAGCUCACUACGCUUGUUGCGUUGCCUACAUUCUCAAGGCCGUCAGCAUCAAGGGCGUCGAGGUAGAGCCUCUUUUUUUCGUCGAAGACUUUCUUUCAGGAAAUAAGCUUCAAAGCAGGUGGUGCCGCAGAAGACGACUUUCUUUUCCCUGAUUUGCUUCUAACCGGUGAAUCAUUUUUCAUUUCUUUUCCACAACUAUAUUUUUUGAAGGGAAAGAGAAAGGAGGUGUUCAAAUCAGCUUCAAUAAUUGUUCCAUUGCAAAACCACAGCGUUUCCUACCUUCAAUAGGAAACCUGCGACCUGCCACCGUUUUCGAAAAGUUGAAAGAUUUAAGUGAGUUUUUCACUAGUGGAUUCUUUUCGGCUUUAGCCACUUUUUCAAACUACACAGCACGAGUUUUGAGAUGAAUGUGCGACGCCGUUCUACAACCAACGGGUGUUGGCUACUAUGAUGGAGCCGGAGUUGCGGGCAACUAUCGAAAAGGAGCUCAAAGUGGAAAAAAGGAAUUUAAACGGUCACACUCCGAUGUUUAGGGCAAAUCAGUGGUAGUGAAAGCGUUGGGACUCACGAAUCGCUUUCUGAAAGCGCGAGGUCUGACGAACGUCUGUGGUGCGAUUUGUGGCGCAAGAGUUUUGCGACUUUUCCGAACUGGCUCUAUAACUGAGAAACAAGAGAUUCUCACCGUUCUUAGAAACAUUUUUCGUGACCUCGGUUAGCAAUUUUUCCCUUUAUUUGUUCCGAUUCGAUUGGCUCAGUUGUUCAAAUAUAACUUAUUAUUUUUCUGCAGCCACUUGGGACAUUUCCGAUGUCCAAACGCUCUCUGAAAAUGUAGUACUGGAAGAAGAGGUGCGCGAACUUUUCGCCGCCAGUUUUCCGAUCGUUCUUCUCGACGACUCUGGGUUUUGGAACGUGACCUACAGACUUUCUGUUUCAGACAUUUCUAGGGUCAGUAUUUUCUUUCAAUCCCGAAGUUCAAAGAGCGGUGAAAAACUACAUGCUUGAUAGAAAAUAUCAAAGCGAUGAUUCAGCUGAUUCUUAAAUGUUUUUUCUUGUUCAGCUGAAAGCGGAAAUAGUCGUCUGUUUGCCGCUUCUGGGCGAUAUUUUUGCUUUCGAAACAGUUUUCAUUAACGAAGUUCCUCAUUUUGCGCAGUUUGAUCAUUAUGCGAGGUGAGAAUGAAAAAAGAAAGAAGAACCAUCUGAAUAACUAUCAAAGGUUGAACAUCUCUUCUUCACAAUUGCAAACACAAGUCCGGAGUAUAGGUUUGGAUGUCGCGGACGACGACGAUCUGAUCAGAGCUUUCAUGACUGAUUUCCAAAAGGUUCUCCGAUAUCUUCAAGUUUCGCAGUUUUCUGGAUUUCCAGAAAGCUUGUAAGGCGAUGGGCGAGAGAUUCGAAUACAUGACAGUUUCUCGCGUUGGGGAUCACGCCAAGUCGGUUGGUUUUUUCGCUCUUCGCGAAAUUCUCUCGAGAAUCCUGUUUCAGUGGAGGGUUGAUAAGUAUGCUCCGGCGUUGAAAGAACAAUCCUUCGUCAUUUGCUUCCGCGUAACGAAGCAGUGGACAAAUCCGCUGACGGUUGGUCCGCAGGCCCAAACCGAGGAAGCCAAAGGUCGGCCAGAAAAGAAUCAGGAAAACGGAACUAUAAUAAUUUUAUUUGAUUCUCUUUUUUUAUUUCUGAAUUUAAAAAAAUAAAAAGAAAAAACCGUUCUUUUUUUAUCUUUGGAAACAUUAUAACAUGAGUUUUUUUAAUGUAUAGAAGUAAUGUGUAUAAUUUUGGAAAGUUCACUUCUCUAACAGUUUAUCGAAAGUUCAAGCCUCUAGCUCAUGUAAAAGGUGAAUUAGAAGUUCGAAAAACGUUUUUAUCUAUUUUUUUUUCAAUUUUAUUUUUUAGCGUUCCAAUCGUUUUGGAAGAACUCUACGGAGUUGCGGAAGUUUGCCGACACCCGGAUAUGUGAAUGCAUGGUCUGGUCCAACGAAGCUUCUCCUACGGUCCCACUGAAAAUUCUAAAUUUCGUCUUGCAAAAGUCAGUUUUCGAUCUUUGAUUCAUAAUAUGUGGCUAACCAAGCAGCUUCCAAUCAAACUAUCAUUCAUAAUUUCACUGUACGAAGCCUUUUUAUUUUUCAGAUGGGCUUCACAAAAAGAAAAAAGUUCUGCAUAGUUAGGUAGAUGGAAAAGUCCAUGAUACCAUCAACUUCAUCUACAAAAAAUUAAUUCAAUUUUUUUAUCCAAGUAUUAUUUAUAAUCUACAAAAAAAUUAAUUCAAUUUUUUUAUCCAAGUAUUAUUUAUAAAAAGCCCAAAGCUCGAACGAAAUGAAGAGUCAAUUAAAAAAAAACAGAAUUGAUAUUUUUGUCUGAGGAUUUGCAAUAUGCCGAUGAACUCGAUUUCGUGGCGCAGCUGGGACAUGGCCCAACUUGCGUCUGACCGCUCCCAGUUCGACGCCGUCAGCAAGGCUUUCGCUUCUCUCGGAGCGACUCUCCGUUCCAUGAAGAACUUGCCACUCAGUAUCACCAACGUGCACGGCAUCAGCCCGUUCAUCCGAGCCACCGAGGUGACUUCUUCACGUUUUCCUUCUAUUCAUCCUUGUUUCAGACUUGCUCUCCUUCAAUUUUUGCUGCGCAGUUUGGCGGCCAAGUAGUUGAUGGCCAUCGCGUUCCCAGCACGUCUGAAGUCCCACGGCUCUCUCCUGCUGUCGUUGGUCAGCUCGAAUCAGCAUCUUUUUGCAUUUCAAGCGAUUUCCAGUGCAUAUAAAACUGGAGUUUUCCGGAAAGUGGGGACAGGACAUCGAAGCAAUCCGCAGGCUAACGUCCUCGUUUUACAUUCAGGUCCUUCGCGAAAUCAGUCCGUUUCGUCAAUGUUUUUUUCCAGAUUGCCAAGUCUCUGCGAGAAAAACAAAAAAUCGUGGCCGUUCCGACUGUCGAUCAGCUUUUUAUCAUACAGGUCGCUAAAAACUUUCAUCGGGACACCUUUCAAAUUCCAGGACGGCAUCGUAUUCAAAGUGAUCAUCGUUCAUGACAAAAUUCUCAAAGUUUUGGAAAGUUCGGUGGGAUUUAUGAAGAGUUCAGUUUCCUGAAGGAUAAAUUGUCAGGUGGAGCGCUUGAGGGAAUCUGGAGCAACAAGAAUCGAGGGUUCACUUGAGGGUCUUCGCCUUGCGGCGUGGAAGAAAAAGUGAGUUGAUGGGCAAGAAGAAGCUAACAAAAAAAACAUAUCUUGAUGAAAAUUCUUCUCGUUGUAGUGAAUGGUAGUGUAUGAUAGUCGAUGAUAAGGUUAUUUGAUCUCUAAAUUCUCAAGACAAAAAGAAAGAACUGACUCCGACCUGUUCGAUAACUUCCUAAUGAGUAAUUUGAAUAAAUGGUCGUGUUGAAGGUUCGUGACGGAGCCGCUGCUGCAGCUGUCGCUCCAAUCUUUUUCCACCAGUCAUCUCAUUUUCGGUACGACAGUACAAAUUUUCAAAGCGUAAGAACCUUUGAGAAGUUUGAAAAGAGAAUUUUUUUUUGUUUGAAGGUGGCUCGGAUCGAAGCUUUUGUCCGGCGCUUUGCACGAUUUAGUUAUCGAACUGAUAGUGGCGGCCGCCGUCGACCAGAAAGGAGUUCUUGCGCCGGAGUGAGGAAUUUGAAAGUUGAUAACAGAGGGCUGUAGAAUCCAUUGGCCACAGCUUGGACAAAUGAUAUCUCUCUGCUCCCCCUUUUCUAUGUCAUAAAACAUGACAAAAACACAAAAACAAGAGAGUUUGUGUGAGGAAGAAGAGAGCGCAGAGGAUUAAAAAGGAUAGAAGACUUUUUCUAGGUUUUUGUGUAUUAGAAAAUCUCGUGAAAAAUGGGAAAAGUCGGUUUUUCUUUUCGAUAUGAAGCUGAUUAUCCUGUCUUUUUUUCCUUUCGAGAGCAAUGUUAAACUUUUGGUAUCAUACCGAGAAAAAAAAAUACAAUUACCAUUGAGUUCCGUGUAUUUUCUUCACUCGAAGUGGUAGCUCUCUCAAUCGGCCGAGGCUACCCUAGAGUGUACACGGUGUCCGUGCCCGAGCCCUACCAUCCCCGCCGUGCCCGUACACGCGAAACUGAGGGAUCUACUUGUGGAAGAGCGAGGAGAAGGACCGUAAUAUGCUUUCAAAUCAUUCGAAUACACGUUUUGACUUCUUUUUCGCCAAAGGCGGUGUUAGUGCCGCUCGAAAGAGCAAUUUUUUCACCGCCUAGUCGAUACCAUCUGACUAAAACAACCAAUAAAUAUUGAUGAUGAUCAUGAUGAUGAGUCGGUGAAUCAGCCCAAGGGGAAAAAUGAUGAGUUUCAAACAUAUAAAAAGAAAAAAAUUUCUAAAUAAAUUCCAAAAUUUUCAACCUUACUCUUCAAACGGUUAUUUUCUUUCUAGAUCUGCUUGGAGCGCAUUUGUUCGAGUGUUGCGGUUAUUAUCUUCACACAACUGGCUCACGAGACCACUUAUGGUCGAUGUUGCGAGCUCAUGGACAGGUCAGUCUUUUGAGAUUUCCUGAUAAGAACAAUCUGAAUUUCUGAAAUAUUGAUGAAUGAUUUUCAAACUCCUUUUCUUGCUGAAAAGUAUGAUUUUUUAAAUGGAAAACAGUUCUCUUGGUUCAUUUGAGUUUAGCGAAGUUCCUUUCAGAAGAAGAGGUUUGUGAGCUGGAAUCGAAUUUCGUCAAAAUGAGGCCCGUUCUGCCUUGUAUGGUAGUCAUCACGAACGUCGACCCAGUGGGCUCCAAGUAACUUUUUAUACAGUGAGAAGGGAUCACUUCGAAAUUAUGCAGAUUCACCAAGGAAAGUCCUUCGCCAAUGCUUUUGAAGCGGAUAAUCGGAUUGGCAAAAGAAACCCUCCGAGUUCUGGAAAGGAAUAUUUUCGACGAGCAUCCAGUUGAUGUCAAGGUCUCUUGUGUUUUGAAGACUGAUGGUUUACAUUUAUCGUGAAAAUCAGAUAACGUCUUGAAGUUUCUGUUAGAUUCAAAGUAUCAGUGAUUUGGAGUUUGAUCAAAACGUUCAAAUAAGCAAGAAUUUUUAAAAGAAUUUCCAACCGGCUUUUUCCAGAACGCGCUUCUUCGCUCUAAUUUUGCGAUGUAUGACGCCGUUAUCGAAAUCGACAGAAAAGCUCAAGUUCGAACGAGAUCAGCCUACGUGGAUAAAAAAAAGCGGGCCAAAGCAAGUUCCUCUGUUUUUUCGAUCUCAUCUUGAAACUUGUCAGGUCCUUCCUGUCAUCGAAUUCGACCCGGUUGACGAAUUGAUCUACACCUUGAACGCCAACUUUCAACAUGUUCGUGAUAAUCAAAUAAAUUGUUUCAGAAAAGGUUUUUCAGGCAGCGCUCUUCUUCUACAACAAGUACGAUUCCUCAAAGGUCGGCGUGAUGUUCAAGCCGCAGGAGGCCGAAGUUCCGUCCAAGGUCUGCCAGAAAACAUCUUCUCAGCCGCAUCAAUUAAAUUAUUCAGAUUACUCGUUGCAACUUGCAUAAAAGCCUAAACGAAGCUCGUCUGGUGCUGAACAAGGAGGAAAUUUUAGAGGGGAUAGCCAUUUUGGGCGAAGGAAUCGUGUCGAACGUGAUUUGCAGUGCCAAGCUCUCAGUUUUCGAUUAG